GGUUUUUGUUUCAAUGGAGACCCAACUCAAAGAUUUUAAAAAAUAAAAAUAAAAAUAAAAAAUAAAUCCUUUUUUUUCCCUCUCUCUCUCUCUCUCUGUAUGUCUCUGUCACUGUCACUGUCUCUCUUUUAUAUGUCCUACAAACCUCUGUAUUUCCUACCAUUACUUCCACGCUUCACUUCUUCUUCUUCUCUGCUUCCUUUUUCAAUUCUCCCUCUGUUUUUUUCCUUCAAAAAAAUUGCUUCCAAAUCUGGGUUUAAGCUUUUAUAUGAAAGCUCUGAAACAAUGAGACUUGAAAACUCCAAGAAGAACAAGCUUCCAUGGCCCAAAACAUUGGUCAAGAAAUGGUUCAAUACCAAGACUAAAGCUCAGGACUUUCAUGCUGAUGAUGUUCUUUAUAGAGGUGUUGAUGAAGAUUGGAAGCAUAAACACAAAUUCUCAAAGAGGGAGACUUUUAAUAUAAAGAAAAGCAAAACAGGUUAGGAUUUAAAGAUUCCAUUUUUAUUAAUUUGCUUCAUUUUGGACCAUAUUUUCAUAUAUAUAACUCUAAAUUUGUUUAUUUGGAUCAUGGUAGA